AUGCAAAGUCGAACUCAACAUCGUUUAUCUUCUACUUAUGGAUCACAUAUUACAAUUGAUCCUUUUUCUAUCCAACCACCUAAAUUACCUGAAAAACCUAUUCCACCUGAGUUAAGAUUUAAAAAAAAGAAUUUUAGUAUUAUCAGAAAUGAAAAUCCAAACAUAUCUGUAUGGGAAGUUUCUGAUAUACUAGCUAAAAAAUGGGAAGAGGCUGAUGAUACAGAAAAAAUGAUUUAUUAUCAGGAGUAUGAGAGAGAAAAAAUGGAAUAUGAGAAACAAAUGAAAAGUUACUAUAAUUCUUCUGCAUUUCAACAAUAUUCAAUGAAUCGUCAAAAAGUAAAAAGUCAAUUUGAGAGGAGUCUCCUUCCUAAUGUUGGUAAUCAGAGAAAAUUUGAUGCUGCUGCAAAUGGUGGUAUUGUAGUUCAACCACUAGAAGAAGACAAUCCCCGUGAUUUAAAUAUUAAAAAGUUAACUGCAAUAAGAUACUCAAGAAAUCAACUAUUAAUGGCUGAGGUGUUUGCUCCUAAUUGUUUAGCUGAUGUCAGGCAUAUAGUUACAAAGGCACGAUUAGACUUAUUUAAAAAGCAAGAAGCUGCAUUAAAACAAGCUAUUUCUGAAAAUGAAAAUGAAAUAGCAAAGAUGCAGGAAAAUUUAGAAAAUAAAAAAAGACAAAUUACAAAAAAUCGUGAGGAAUUUACAACUAAAAUGAGAAAAUUGAUUGAAGAUGACAAACCCAGGUGUAGUGGAGGAGAUUUCAAUAUUAUGGUUGAGAAAUGGAAAACAAAAUUUCUGACUGCAUAUGAAGAGUUUGAAAAGAAACAACAAGCACAAAAAGAAAAACUAGAACAUGAAAGGGAGGCAAGACCAACACUAAAUAGUUUACUUCUAGGAGAAAAUGAUACAAUAAAAGAGAAGGCUCCAGGUACCACUGAAGAUAAGAAAGAAUCUGUAGGUACGAAAGAAACUACUGAAAUUAAAUCUGCAGAAGAAACCAAGGAAGUUGAGGUAAAAGAAGAAGUAAAAGAAAGUGAAACAACUGAUGAAGUUAAAACUUCUGAACCACCAAAAGACGAGAAAGAGGAAUAG